AUGCGUUACCAGUUCCUCGCCUCCGCCCUUGCGGCCCAGCUUGCCCUCACCUCUGCCAUGCCGCAGCCCGACCAGACCGUCUACGAGACCGAGGUCGACACCAUCACCUCUUGCGGUCCCGAGGUCACCAACUGCCCGGCUCGCUCCCACCCGGCCACCGCCGCUCCCUCCGGCCCGGCUGCCACCACGGCCGCCGUGCCCUCUGAGUCUGUCCCUGCCUACGGCGUCCCCUCUGCUCCGGCUGAGUCCGCCCCGGGCUCGUCGGCUCCUUCUGCCCCGGCCUACGGCGUGCCCAGCGGCCCGGCCCCGUCUGCCCCCGCCUCCAGCGGUGUUGAGGGCAGCCACCCCGACGGCCCCCAGACUGUCUACACCACCAACGUCCAGACCAUCACCUCGUGCGGUCCCGAGGUCACCAACUGCCCGGCCAGCAGCACCCACCCGGCCACGGGCGUUCCCUCCUCGCCCGCCCCCUCCGGCACUGGCAAGACCUGCGAGGAGCAGGAGAACAUGUGCCGCACCAAGCCCGGCGCCAACAUGGCCACUUGCUCUGCUGACCGCUAUGCCUGUGAUGGCUACAUCCCCGGCCAGUCCUCUGGCACCGCCAGCGCCCCCGUUCCCUCGGGCACUGCCUCGGGCGGCAAGACCUGCGAGGAGCAGGAGAACAUGUGCCGCACCCAGCCCGGCGCCAACCAGGCCACUUGCUCCGCUGAUCGCUAUGCUUGCGAUGGCUACAUCCCCGGCCAGUCCUCUGGCACCGCCAGCGCCCCCGCUCCCUCGGGCACUGCCUCGGGCGGCCAGACCUGCGAGGAGCAGGAGAACAUGUGCCGCACCAAGCCCGGUGCCAACCAGGCCACUUGCUCUGCUGACCGCUAUGCUUGCGACGGCUACAUCCCCGGCCAGUCCUCUGGCACCGCCAGCGCCCCCGCUCCCUCGGGCACUGCCUCGGGCGGCAAGACCUGCGAGGAGCAGGAGAACAUGUGCCGCACCCAGCCCGGCGCCAACAUGGCCACCUGCUCUGCUGAUCGCUACGCUUGCGACGGCUACCUCCCCGGCCAGGGCUCCGGCACCCCCAGCAACGCCACCGCGUCGCUCGCCACCCCCACCCCGGCUCAGCCUACCCCGUCCCAGUGGACCGGUGCCGCGUCGACCUCGUUCGUCUCCUUCGGCGUCAUGGCUCUCGCUGCCGCCGCCGCUGCUUUCGUCUUGUAA